AUGAAGGUUGCUGUCGUAACCAUCCUGGCUGGAGCCGUUCUGGCCUCGGCUGAGGUGGCUACAACUUCAUUGCCUCCUCUAAAGGAGAUCCACGCGGCUGCGGCCACAACCCUGCCCGAGUCGCCCACCUCGGACGUCAAGGGUCUGGCCUUCGACCGGUUCUACCAGAUCUGGAUUGAGAAUAUCGACUACAAUGAUUCCGAGGCGGACACCAACCAGCAGUGGCUCGCCUCGCAGGGUAUUCUCCUAACCAACUUCUGGGCACUCACUCACCCCUCUGAGCCCAACUAUUGCGCUUCGGUCGGUGGCGACACCUUCGGUAUGGACAAUGACAACUUCAACCAGAUUCCUGAGAACGUGUCCUCAAUUGUUGAUCUGCUCGACACCCGUGGUAUCUCGUGGGGCGAAUACCAGGAGCACCUGCCGUACCCUGGCUACCAGGGCUUCAACUUUUCUGACCAGGAGACUUAUGCCCCUGACUACGUCCGCAAGCACAACCCACUGGUUCUUUUCAACUCGGUUGUCAGCAACGAUACCAAGGCCCGCCAGAUGAAGAACUUCACCUCGUUCGAUGAUGAUCUAAAGAACAAAAAACUUCCCCAGUGGGCCUUUAUCACCCCCAACAUGACCAACGAUGCUCACGACACCAACAUCACGUUUGCCUCCAAGUGGGAACGUCCGUUGGUUGAGAAGCUACUGAAAAACGACUACUUCAUGAAGGAUACUUUGCUUUUGCUGACUUACGACGAGGACAAGACGUACAUUCACAAGGACGGAAACCGCAUCUUCUCGAUCCUCGUUGGGGGCGCUGUCCCCGAGCACCUCAAGGGCACCAAGGACAACACAUUUUACACUCACUACUCGAUGAUCGCGUCCGUGAGCGCCAACUGGAAGCUCCCGAGUCUGGGUCGCUGGGACUGCGGUGCCAACCUGCUCGAAUUGGUUGCUAACAAGACUGGCUACGUCAACUACGACGUUGACACUUCUAACUUGCUUCUGAACGAGACCUAUCCCGGCCCCAUGGCGGACGGCGAGCAUGCCAAGUUCUCGCCCGACUGGCCUGUGCCCCUAACCACCGGCAACUGCUCUGCUGGUCACGGUAUUCUGGACAUCGUGAAGAAGACCUACGCUGGCAAGACUGCCACUUACAACUACACCAGCCCCUACCCCUGGGACGCCAAGGCUGGGUACAACAACAAGGUGACUGCCACGCGUAAGGCUGCUAAUUCGACCGGAACUUCGACUACUGACGGCGACUCCAAGAAGAAUGUGGGUGUUCCCGCCCACGUCCCCUUCUCUACCAUUCUUAUCGGCUUGGUGCUGGGUGUCCCUUCCUGGUUCAUCUAA